AUGACCAUUUUAGAGUGCGUACAGAAAUUUCAAUCUUUGUCCCAUUUCGCCCCAGAGUUGGUGGCGAUGAAAGAGAGGAAGUGUCGACGGUUUGAAAAUGGGUUGCAUAACACCGUGAGAAGAAUGGUGAUGGUCCAACGCAAGAUGAAAUUUUCAAAAGUUGUGGAGUGCAGUUUUGGGAGUCAAGGACGGAAAAGGCAGAGGAAACCGUCUCAGCAACCACCUAAUCAAUCCAACCUUGGGGUGCCUUCUUCUUCAGGAAUUCGGGGUGCCCCAUCUAGACCUCCAAUUGUGUGUUACAGGGGCGGGAGCGCUAGUGAGUCGGGCUCGGUACAGCAGUCGGGGGCAGGGCGUGGUGUUGGCCAGCAGUCCUUCAAGGGUACUCAGAGGCAGCAGCCUCAUUUCUGCCAAACAUCGUCAGUUCAGAGUUCUGGGGUUGAUCGAGGAGCGAGUUUGUCCGCACCUUCUCAAGGUUCCGGUCAAGGAGGAGGUUUUGUGCAGGGACAUGCAUCGCAUUCUUUCAUUGCUGUAUCAUUUGUGUGUGCAUUGGAAUUGGACACCGAGAAUCUUGAUUCGCCAUUGUUUGUCGAGACACCAUUAGGGGGAAAGUCAUCUCUAAGUCGUAUCUAUAAGGGUUGCGAGCUCGUUAUCUGCAACCAUCGCUUCGUCUUUGACUUUAUCAUUUUGGAUAUGUCGGGGUUUGACCUCAUUUUGGGGAUGGAUAUGUUGAACCAUUAG